AAUGGUAGAGCCGUGCUUCCGGCCAGGGACCGGAACCCGGAAGCGUGGGCGGGAGCGCGGAGCAGCUGCGGAGGAAGUUACAUUCCUCAGAGAGAAUGGAGUCACUAAGGGAUCGGUCUGUGGAAGAGCUCCAGGCGCUGCAGGAGAAUUCAGAGGAGACAGAGCGUCUGGCAUUGGAGUCGCAUGAGGUCCAGGAACUUCAACUGGAAAGGGAAAUGGCCCUUGCCACAAACCGGAGCUUGGCAGAGCAGAAUCUGGAGUUCCAGCAGCCCCUGGAAACUGGACGUGCAAACCUUUCCGACAGAUACCAAGAACUGCAGAAGUUGACUGAAAGGUGCCAAGAAAAAAAGGCACAACUGGAUAAAUUCUCGGCAACAAUGCAGCCUCAGAUUUUAUUAGAUCUUCUCCAGGUAGAGAGCCAGAAAAUCGAAGAGGAGUCUGAGUAUGUGGCCGAGAAGUUCCUGGCGGGUGAAGUGCCACUGGAGACAUUUCUUGAGCAGUUUUCCUCCAUGAGGAAGUUAUCACACAUGCGCCGUGUCAGAGUGGAAAAACUUCAGGAGAUAUUGAAGAAGUCAGAAACUUCACAGCCACCAUCCAGAGACUCUCAGUUCAACCAGCAGCAGCCUCCUUGUGUAACUUCUGUGCCCGAAAACCAGCAGCAGCCACUACCCUUCCCAUCAGGAGCACCAUCCUUCCCUUUACCUUAUAGUCCAACCCCAUGCAUGCCUAUAGGCCCAACAGCUCAUGGAGCUCUCCCUCCUGCUCCUUUCCCUAAGGCACCAGUUUCAGUGGGACUUGUCAGCUCCUCUCAGCCAAGCGCCCAGCCUACAUUUCCCUAUAAAGCACCUCCAGUUUCUGGUUACCCACCACCUCAGCCUGGAGACUCAGCACCAGGAUAUUCCAGGCCUCAGACAGGAGACUCCUCUUCAGUUCCAGGAUAUUCUUGGUCUGCAUCCAGAGGUCCACCCCCUACUCCAGUAUUCCAUCAACCUCAGGCUGGAUCAGGGUACCCCCAGUCGCAGUCUCCAUAUUUUCCAUCAGGAGGAGGGAGACCACAGUGCCCAUACCCAAACCAGCCACCAUUACCUGCUUUUCCAAUUUCCACCCAGCCCCCAUAUCCUGCAGGUCCAAACCCUUCCUUUGGGUACCCACCACCUUCACACCCUCAACAUCCUGCUUGGCGUGGAUACUAAUCAGGACUUGAGGAGAGUUGGCUUUGUCAUCCUCUUCUGUGUCACAGACAAAGAAAUUGGUCCUUGCUGAGAAACAGGCCCAAGAAGAAAGAUCUGUGAAUGUCACCCUUAGACCUGUAUGUGUGAGUUUUAUAUGCAGAGGAAGGUGUAUUUCUGAUGUAAUCCCUGCAUUAGGCAUGAGGUAUAAGGCAGAGACACCAUAACUUCAUCCACAGGCUGCACUUUUUUAGGUUUUGGCUAAUGAAAUGAAAACCAGCAUGUGAUGAAUGCUCGCUGUCUUUAAUGGCCAUAUAUUGAUGAGUCAAUCCAAGCCAUGUUAUAAAAUACACAGUGGGCCAGAUUCUCAGAUGGUUUAAGUGAGUAAAACAUGCACUGAUUUGUACCAGCUGAGGACCUGACCCUGCAUACUUUAUGCUUGUGUGUGUAUGUGUGAGAGAACUUUUUAUACCUGUGUGUAUAAUUUUCUAUAUAUAGAAAUAUGUAGCAGAGGAAUUCUAAAGUUUUACACAGGUGUGUGAGAUACAGAGUGAGAACCUCUGACAGUAUUUCUGACAUGAAACCCUCAUUUGUUCCCAGGGCCCUUUCCUGGAAAAUAGAACGGCAGUGCCAUCCAGGCUCAUAAACUGAUACAUAAUUUAUCUUUGUCAAUGAGAAGCCAUUAGCUAGCCUGUUGUGGCAGGUCAGGCCUUAAUGUGACCCAGGAUUUUUAUGUCAUUGUAACAUAACUCCAAAUCUGAUUCCACUCAAGCUACUCCCAAACCACUGCAGGACUAAGUUUUCCUUGUUAUUGUCUCCAUCUGUCUUACUGUAUUGGAUGUUGCCAGGUUUGUGUAAAACAAAGGGAUCUCCAGAGCUUACCAUGCUCAUCUGAUUCAGCUGUGCUUGGCUUAUUAAUAGGGGAAGGCCUCUCUAGUACUGGCUUCUUUUGCAUAGUGUAUGAGGCAUUCUUAGCACACCACUGUGGGAUGUGGAUUAUUGCAUACAGAACAGGAGGGCCCUGCAAUAUCUCUGGAAACAUAACAUGUUGAAUACUUUUUCUGCCUUGGAGAUAAACCAGGAUGGCAUGAUACCUCUGGAGCAGCUGUUAAUUUGGAGAUGAGGCAGCAUGUUCCUUCACCUAUGGAAAACUGGGUGAUUACUCGUUUUUUGUUGGGAAAUAUUAGAACACAAUACUGUCAUCCAUUUUUUCCAAUUAGCCUUUGAUAGGAUUCAGUAAAACACCAAGAUACACAAGGUUUCCUAUAUUAUCCCUUUUUUUCAUUGGUAGUGAACUGCAGGAAGGGGAGCAUAGACUGGAUAAAGAAGAAUCCAGUAUUCCUCACACCCCCUUCCCUUCAAUAUUGACCUGAGGAAACACUGGGCACCAACAGAGAAACUGAAAGAUUCUUAAUGUAAAUGGGUUUUUCUUUGCUCAGCACUUUAUCUACCAAAUUCUGCUUGGGUGCCUGUAAGUUAUUUAUAAAGAUAGAUUACUAAUGGACUAGUCCAGGUUGAAUGCUCUUGGAAUUUGAUGGACACAGUUCCAUACUUGUGAUUAAUUAUGGUAAUAAAACUUGAUGAAUUGCU